CUGAACAGUUAGCAAGUCUAGCAUGGCUAAUAGCUGGCGCUCAGGUUUGAUAUGUUUGUAGACUAUAUAUUAGUUCAAGACUAGUACUUCUCUUCUGUUUUCAAUCCUUUUCUUCUCUGUUAUCAUUGUCUUCCUAAAAUGUCGCCCAGGCUACCUGCCCAGUCUGCCACUCCGGCCGAGGUCCGCAGCUAUAUAGCUCGAACACUGAAAUUCAAGCACAGUGCCACCUGGGAAUUUGCCAGUCAAAAGGCUGAGCUCUGGGAGAUUGGACGAGGCUCUGAGCUGUGUGCUUCUAAACGAGAGUCCUUGGAAAAACUUUUUGGAGUGAAUGUGGGCUUGUGUCUUUUUCAAGGCAUCCGUGAGGAUGAGGACGAAGAUUGGCAGGAAUCGAAAAUCGGAACUUAUAGCCUUUGGUUUGUAAAAGCCAGCCAGGUCGUGGACACCGCGCUUUUUUUCGUGGAUUAUGUACCACAAGCGAAUGAAUUUCUUCCUCAGAUCACAUUCAUCUCUCAUCUAGCAUUAGGGGUUUCCAGCAUCAACUAUGUCUGCCGACGACCGAAGCUUGACAACUAUAUGAUGUUGUUCAGCGGACUAAUGAGGCUGUUCAUCAGCUUUACAAAUUAUCCCAAGGACUCUGGCUCGGAGAUUGUCAUGACAUUCUUUGCCCUAUUUGCAUUUGCUUUUUCUUGGACGUAAUUACGCGAAGCUCAAUUAAUGUAUAUUUCUUAUCUGCAUUUAAUUCAAUAUAGCCCUAUAUAAUUCUAUCAAUGAAAGCUCGAUGUUCAUAUGGC